AUGACUCAGAUAUCGACAGCGGAAGUCUCCGACUUAUCCUCUAUUCCUCAGUUCAAGAAGGGUACAACAAAUGCAGAAUCGCCCGAAUCGAAACUAUAUCAGAGCCAAUCAGCCUUAUACACCACUGCCCUAUUAUACGGGCUUGAUACCACUAUCGCGGCCGAUGUCCAAAGCGCGGUGAUUGAGGCAUUCGAAGACAUUACACAACUCGCAUGGCUUGGUGCUGGGUUUGCUCUGGGCUCCGUGGCAGUCAUCUUACCAUAUGGAGCACUGUACAGCAAGUUCUCUUUGAAGUAUCUCUACAUCGGAGGGAUAACCGUAUUCGAGCUUGGUUCUGUACUAUGCGGCGUUGCACCUUCCAUGAGUGCGCUCAUCGUCGGGCGUGUCAUCGCUGGAAUGGAUGGGAUGGGAAUGAGUACUGGUGGUCAAGGUUUCUCAGAUGAGCAGAUUCGCGCCGUUAUUGCCGGAGCCCAGAGUGCACUAUUCGAACAGCUGAAUGACAAUAUGAAGCUGAAUGUCAUUCUUGCAAUCAUGGGAGGUAUGCAGGCUCCGUUCAUCUUGGUUAUUAUGGCUGGAGCGGUGAUUAUGGUUUCCACUGCUGCGAUAAAGAGGGAGAAGCUGUUUGGAGAAAUUGUGGUCGUUGGAUAG